CCUCGAGCGGUUCAAGGAGGGCAGGGAGUCGCUCCACAUCAGCCAGAUCCUCACGCUCCCGCCCGUCCGCGCCCUCACGGGCAGCCAGGCCGACCUGCAAAAGGCGCUGCGGCUGCGCGACUCGCCCAUCGUCAAGAUCGACGAGUCGGGCUUCCAGGUCGGGCGCAAGGUGGCGCCAGACGUGCAGCGGCUCGAGCAGCUCGAGGCGGCCGACUGGGACGACACGGUCAUCUACCUCGAGAACAUCCCGUUCAGCAUGGCCGCCGGCGACAGCUCGCUCACGACCUUCCUCGCCUCGGCCCUCUCGACCGUCCCGCAGCGCGUCAUCGUCCCGCCCAUGUUCGACCGCGCGCACCCGCUCGCGCUCGACCCGCUCGGCUCGUCGUCGUCCGGCGGCGGCGGCGGCGGCGGCGGCGGCGGCGGCGAGUCGAGCCAGGCGGACGCGUUCCGCGCGGCGCAGGACGCGCAGCUGGGCCGCAGCAGGCGCGCGAGAGCGCUGCCCAAGGGCGGCGGCCCGUUCAAGGGGUUCGCGUUCGUCGUGCUGCCGAGCGGGGACGAGGCCGAGCGGGUCGUGCGCGAGUGGGUGUGGGAGGACGAGCGGGACGAGGUGGGUGCUGCGGGGGAAGCGGGCGAGGAAGGACGAGACGAGGGAGAAGGCGAUGGCGGUGGCGGUGCGGCGCAGGAAGGGGCGGAAGACGCCGAGAUGACCGAGGCUGGGCUGGACGGAGAAGGAGAUGGUGCGGGCAAGGUGUCGAGCGAGGUCAAGACGGGCAAGCUCGACUGCGCAGCGAGGGCCCGGUUCGCCGGCAUGAGGGCGCUCAGCUAUGACGGCUGGCUGCGGCUCAAGGACGAGUACCUCGCGUACCGCCGCUCAGUCGAGACGCUCGUCGAGGCGCAGCACGAGGGCACGCUCGCCGCCCUGCGCAACCCGCCGACCAAGCGAGACCAGCCGCCUCACCUCGCGCGGCAGCACGGCGGCGGCGGCGGCGGAGCGCGCGACCCGCCGUCGUCGUCAAGUCGGCGCUCGGGCAAGCGCGCCGCGUCGCCCACCUCGCCCGCGUUUGACGGCGACGUCCGCCUCGGCUCGACGCCCACCACCGGGCCCUCGACCUCUUCCACCACCACCGCCGCCAAGCGCCCUCGGGGCGCCCCGUCGCCGACCGCCGUCCUCAACCAGCGCCUCAAGCGGCUGCGCACGCCCUCGCCCGGGCUCGACCUGUCGUCGGACGCGGCGCUAGAGGUCGCCGGCGCGUUCCCGGCCGCGUGCGUCCUGUGGGUGCGCAACGUGCACGAGAAGAGCGGCCGCACGAGCCUCAAGGCGCUCUUUGGCGCGCUGCUCGAGACGCUCCAGGAGGGCAGUGGCAAGGGCGUCGAGUUUGUCGACUACGAGAAGGGCCUCGACACGUGCUACCUACGCUUCUCGUCGCCGACCCUCGCCUCCCUCGUCCUCGACCACCUUACGUCCACGCCGUCCCUGCACCUCUCCCCGACAGCCCUCUCACCCCUCGGUUCCCUCUCGCCCUCGUCGCGCACCGCCGCCGAGUCGGACCUGCGCCGCCCGCUCGCCGCCUCGCUCCUCGAGGGCGACGCCGAGCGCAAGUACUGGGCCAGCGUGCCCGAGGCGACGCGCAAGGCGGCGAGGCACGCCGCUGGCGGCACGGUCGCGUUGCUCAAGGCGCCGGGCAUGGGUGGAGGAGAGCGCAGGGCGGCCGAGGGAGGAGGAGGAGGUGGUGGGAGGACGGGCGGGAGGCGCGGCGGUGGGAGGAAGGGUCGCAGGAACGAGGCGAGCGCAGGUGGGCCAAGCGAUGCCGAGGCGCAGGUCAAGGAGGAGGAGCACGAGGAGCCGGUCGUCGUCGAGGCGAUCGACGAGCCCCAGAAGAAGCGCAAGAAGCCGAGCAGGCUGUAGAGCUCGUGCUCGCAACUUUCCUCUACCUCUCUCGCUCUACUGCUCGACGACAACGACGAGG